AUGAACAUCCCGGAGUCCUGGGUGGGUGCCAAGCGCAGCCAGGGCCAGCCGGUGGAGUCCGAGCCGUCCGCAUCGAAGAAGAAGAAGAAGCGCAUGGUGGUGGAGAAGAAGGCAGAGGCGAAGGCAGAGGCGAAUACAGAGAAGAAGACAGAGACGAAAAAGGAAAAGAAAGCAGAGGCCAUCCCCAUAGAACCAGUGGAGACCGUCUUCUCCCUCGGCGCCGAAGAACCAGCGCCCUGCCCGGAGGUGACGCCCGAGGACCUCGAGGGGAUGCCAUCGCAAGAGUCCGGGGUCUACAACGAGCUGCGCUGCGCGAUCCACGAGAGCGGCAGCAGCGGCCCGGCGCAGACCCUCUCGCUGGACAGCGUCAUCUCACGGCAGCCCUACAUCAAGAUGAUGCAGAACCUGUUCGGGGCGUACGACGAGAGCUGCUUCUCGCAGGUCCCGCCGGUGAAGAUCGUGACGAAGGCGUGGGAGGAGACGCACAUGCGGGAGCCGCACCCGGACGAGCGGCCGUGCUCCAUGGGCAUCAACUGCGAGUGCAUGUUCAUCGACCCCGCGCUCCCCUUCACCUGCGUGGAGUUCCGGCUGCCAAAUGAGCCCCUCCCGAACGAACAGCAGCUCUGUGUCCUGUGCCUCCGGAAGCUCACGCAGAGCAUGUUCUAUGACAUCGUGUACCAGGGGAACCGCUUCAACGGGGUGAUCCAGAGCCACGGCAACAUCUGCGACCAGCCCGGGGAGUACGCGAGGCAGGUGAUGCUCUCAUGCCCCAUCGGCGGGCCGGUGCACUGCAUGCCGCUCCCCAUCGUCUCCCACCAGCGGAACCGCUACUCCGUCGUGCUGAACAACGUCGGGGUGAAGCACCUGAAGCAGCACCGCGUGGCGUGGGAGGAUUUUCGAUCGACCCCUCCUGGGCCCGUCGCCGUGAUGCGACCGGGGAGGGAGCCGCUCGACAUCCACCCGCUCGGGUGCCUGUCGGAGGCCGACCUGCCGCCCCGCGGAGGGUGGGUCCCAGGGGGGGGAUUCCAGGAAACCUUCCAAGAAUCAUCCCAAGAAGUAGGCAGUUUCUGUCCGGAGGACCCGGUCCUGGACGCGGAGCUUGCGGGGCUGCAUGUGCUCCUCCAUGCCGGGGAGACGAGGGCGCAGCUGCUCAUCGACGCCCGCCUGCUGGCGUGCUGGCUGGCCACCACAGCGCCGGGGCUCUACAGGAGCGUGCCGCGGGAGUCGCUCGUCCCGCACCCGUCCUCGGCCUACCACCACAAGAACCUGCCGGACAUCGGGCGCUUCAUCCUGCAGAGCCUGGCGCACCGCGACUGGAAGACGAACCUCAUCGUCAACGUCAUCUGCAACAGCAUGCCCUGCCUGAAGCGGAACCGCGUGGCGUUCCUCGACAAGGACGCGUUCGCCCACCCCCACGCGACCGUGCUCAUCAACAUCCUGCACGGCCUGCUCCUGGGGCUCUACCCGAGCACGGCCAAGCGCCCCGCCUUCCGCUGCAGGGUGAGGCUCGCCGGGGAGCUGCGCGCCCUGCUCUGCGCCCCGCUGCGCGCCCAGGCGGAGUUCCUGCAGGGCCACCUCCCGCUGCUCAAGCUGUCGAUGAUGGAGUACCUCUGGCACGCCUGCGGCACGUACCUGACGACAGAACUCGACGCCAUCUCCCACGUCCACGGCAUGGCCACCUUCAUGGAGAUCUGCCCCAACAUCUGCGACGGGUUCCGGCAGGAGGGCCUCCAGGACUCCCGCUGGACGUGGGACUCCCUGAGCGCCGUCGCCGCCACCUUCGUCGAGCGCUGCGUCCGGACGUGCAAGUUCCGCAUGGGGAGGGCCAGGGCCGACGCGGAGGGCCACGCGUUCUGGGCGCUGCCCUGGAAGCCGUACCCGGUGCGCCCCCCGAACACCCCCCACCAGGAGCCGCUGCACACCCCAGGUGGACAGGACCCUCCCUGCCCGUACCUGACCAAGCCGGGCCAGGAGGCGCUCCAAACCCCACAACCCCCCGUCGCCAAGUGGAAGCGCAUCGCCCCAUCCCAGUCCCACCUCUUCGAAGUCGCCCGGGAGAUGCACGUCGCGCAGGCCCCCGGCGUGCUCUGGAGCGUCUACUCCGAGCUCCACCCCCACCUCUCCGUGGAGGACUUCCACCUCAUCGAGCACCUCCACGCCCGCUGCCGCGUCCACCCGCUGCCCUGCAACCUCGCCGCCACGCAGGCCCGCAUGCUGCUCGAGACCUACGGGCAGGACCACGCCCAGCUCGCCAGCGUCUCCCGCGUGCACCUCUGCCUCCGCUGCUGCAACAAGCCCAACGCCGACGCCAUCUCCACGAAGCUCCGCCUCUGCAUGCACACCGGCAGGCUGAUCUGCGUCUCCUGCGCCUCCCACCUCCCCGUCGUCGCCGUGGACCUGCUCGGGAAGGUCCUCGUCGUGCAGGGCGUCACCUACUACCUCUGCCCGGUCUGCGGCGGGUGCAAGCGCUGGGCCUUCAGCGGCACGGAGUUCACCUGCGUCGACUGCGGGCACCGCCCCGCCCCGCCCCCGCCCCGCCCCGCCCCCAGGCGCUGCCUCCACUGCAGCAAGACCAACGGCCUCGAGCGGACCACCCUCCUCUUCGCCGACCUCGGCGCCCGCAUCCAGGUCUCCCUCUGCUCCAGGCACGCCCUCCCCGCCCACGUCUCCCGCUUCGUCCGCGACGUCGGCGACUACUGCAGGGCCGCCCGCGCCUGCGAGGCCGAGAGGGCGGAGGCCCGCCUUUGCAGGGGCAGGCGGAGUCAACCCCGAAUCGGGACAAAGUACAAACAAAAUGUCCAGGCCGUGAAUCGCCCACGGUCCCCACAGAGCUACAGUCAGGCUCUGCAACCUGCAGCGGAUCAACCGGCUCUCACCGACGCAGACAAGAGACAGAAGUACAGAGACUUUCAACAGUUCCAACACGAAUUGAUAGAGAGAGUCCAGUCGUUGUCCUGUUACGCCAAAAAGGAUCCAUCCUAUGUAAGGGACGGCAUGCGGACGAUGACCGAACUGUUCAAAACAAUGUCAGAGGUAUUCUACAACAACGAAGGAGUACUUCAGAACAAACCAAUCGAUGCUUCAGAUAUUGGUUGUGUGAAUGUCGCCAUGCGCGCACUCAUAAUCUCUGAUUUCGAGAACGUCAAAUACCUGCAGGACAUGCGGGUAUACGACUCCUUGAAGACAGAGGUGGCGUACCUCCGUGCUUACUUCCGUUCCAACCAGCUGCACCGUAAACUGUUUGAAGACAAAGAUAUGGAUGCGUACAAUGGAGGACAAGAGCAGAUUGUCCAGGACAUGAUCAACACCCUCUUUGACGAUGAAAAAUACAGUCAAAUCGAGGAUAUCGAUUUCACGGAGGGAGAUGCCAUCUAUGUCCUGAAGAAUGCGCAGAAGAAUAUGCUCACAGAGCUCCUGGAUGCAAUUUACGGUGAUCAGAAACUCAAAGAUCACCAUGCAAAUAUCCAGCAAUGGAAGGAUAUGGUCCAUAAUGACAGUUAUGCGUCUGUCAUCGAGUAUCUUGGAAACGUUCAGGAAAGAUCUGCCUUGCUGAAAAAGAAGAUCAAUUCACAGCUGGUCAAGAUCAAGUCCAUUGCAGAGCUAGAGGUUAUGGUCCGAUCCUUGUAUGUCGAAGGAUUUAUCUUCGUCCGUACUGGUAUCCUGAAGAUAGUGAAAUGGAUCAAGCACACUUCUCAACACCCACUGGAAGUCCAGGGACAGGAUACUCCGAUCUAUCCCAAAGAAAUGACAGAUGAGCUUACCUAUCUAGUUGAUAAUCGCAAGGCCGACGGUGACGGCGACUCUGACAGUAGCGAAGAGAUGGUUCAGGAGACCCAGAAGUCGGUGAAGAGGCUGAAGAAGACACUGGAAAUGCUACCGGAUGGAUACAAUCUGAAACGGGAGGUGACACCCCUUUACCAGCAGCUCAUCGAAAAGUAUGAAAACCAUAUGAAGAUCUACAAACCUUACCGGACGCACAAUCACUCCCGAGAGGACGAUAAACGGGACCUUUACAAGCGCAAGAACACGCAUGCAUGGGAUGAGCGCGGAAAGAGGGUAAAACCGUCACCCAUAGAAGCUUCCAUCUGGUGCGGUGUUUCGAGAAGAAUGCAAACGGUGCCGUGCGAGGUGGUGAGGGUGCGGGUGUCGUGCAGAGAUCCAAUGCCGCUUGGAGCGAAGCCGCCGGGCUCGGUACCCGUUAGGAUUCUGGAUAAACCCCAGAAGGUUAGAAUGGCAGUAUUACUGAGAGCUUUCAUCGAUACAACAAAAUUCAUUCAAGCAUACAUGGAUUCCAACAUGCUCACUCUUCAUAGAUGGUACAAGAUUGAUUUCAAAGACAAUCUGACAAGCAUCUUGCGCAUGUAUGAAGAAGCUUGGAACGGAUUGGAUGCCAAUACCAAGAAAUCUUCUUUCGACUCAUACAAGCCUUUGGAGUUUCAUAUCGAACACCCACCUGAAACGAUACUAUUUGAUUACCAUGAACUAAACGUACUCUACGCUAUCCUGAAGUGCCUGAUAGACCAGAAGGCCGGUGUGUCCUAUUUCGACGACAUGGGUAUUCGAUGGAAGACUGACAUAAGGGAAAACAUGAACGUUUGUAUCAAUCCUAUCUUGAAGUUGAUGAAGAAAAAGCAAGAAGAAGGAUGGAAUCCCGAUCCCAAUGAGUACUUGAACGUGAUAACCAAUUGGCCCAUCGAGGGGUGGCCCGAUAUCCGUAAAACAGAGCCCAUGGAUCUUGACCACCGCUUCCUGCCCCGUUAUGGCUAA